AUGAGAAGAUUAAUUGUCAACCAAACAAGAAGCAAGACAGUUGCAGCUCGUCCAAGUGCUAAUCUGGAUAGGAUCAAUAAAUGGUUGUAAACUCUUACUGCUAAAGCCAAUACAUUAGAGAGCAGAUUUUACACAUCAUAAUUAAGUUCCUUGUUUAAUUUCUAUUCAAAACCUACCACAGGUGCCGCUCAAGAAAUUGAUUGGAAUUACUGGAAAGAAUAAAUCACAACAGAAGGAUUAGUUGAUAAGGUGUAAAAGGGUCAUGAGACUCUCCUUAAUAAAGAAUUUGAUGUUGAACGUAUUUGUCAUCAAGUUGUUUCCAGUUAAAGCAAAGAAUUAGAAGACUUAGAAAAUGAGCUUACUUUCCACAGCGCUGUUUGGAGCAAUUACUAUUUGGAUUAACAUUUGGCUUUACUCGAUUUAGAGUAAUAUGGAGACAGAAAUAGUUACGUCAUUCAUGAGGAUUACGAUUUCUAUCCUGGAUUAGAAGCAGAUUUAGAAGAAUUAACAGAAACUCAUAAUUGGAUUCCAGGAUCAAAGGAUGACAUCAACUUGAAGGGUUACAUGGUAUCCCAAUUCUAAUGGGGAAAGAAGAUCAUCUCAUUCUAUAGACAUCCUUGUGAUGACUUUAAAGCAGCAAGAGGUACCAAAAAUAUCUUGGGUAGAUGAGAUUUAUACAUGCAAAAUAUUUUAAAAACAAUAUUAAUCAAAACAAUAAUAUGCUUUAUAC